CCUCCCCCACCUCUCUGGGGUUGCCUAGCCUCCAGUCUGUCUCUGCUCUCCUCAGGACUAUCCUGCUAUCUACAAGUUGCUGCUCCAGGGAUAGUCUUGCCUGCCUCCCACCGGAGCGCAUUUUCUUUGGUCACAGACUUCCUCACUCAUGGGGCGUGCCUGGACCCAGGCCCACCUGAGAGGUGAUCUCUGGCUGCCUCUGCUCUGGCUAUUCCUGUUUCCAGCCUGCUGUUCCCAUGAUCCACCAGGAUGGCGCUUCACUUCUUCUGAAAUUGUGAUUCCCAGGAAGGUGUCCCACAGAGUGAGUGGAAUUGAGAGACAAGGCCAGCUCUCCUACAAGAUUCGCUUCAGCGGCCAAAGACACGUGGUUCACUUGAGAGUCAAGAAGAGCUUGCUGCCCAGACACUUUCCUGUGAUCACCAAUAAUGACCAAGGUGCCAUGCAAGAGAACUACCCUUAUAUCCCCCGAGACUGUUACCACUUUAGCUAUCUGGAAGGGGUUCCUGGGUCCAUGGGUACACUGGACACCUGCCACGGGGGUCUGCGUGGCAUGCUGCAGCUGGACGACUUCACUUACGAAAUCAAACCGUUGGAGGCUUCUUCCAAAUUUGAGCAUCUGAUUUCUCAGCUUGUGACACAGAAAACAGCAGCAGAGGACGAGAAAUGUGAGACUGAAGAGAAAGAUAUAAAUCAAGAGUAUGAGGAGGCAAUGAUUUCUGAAAUGCCUAGAGCAGGCCCUGUGUAUUUGUGGUGGCCACACAGGAAAGGCUUAAAACUUCACUACACAGUUUCUAACUCAUUAUAUGCUCAGGACACUAAUAAGACACAUAUAGUAGAGAAUAUAGUGAUUAUAAAUAACAUAUUGCAUAGUAUUUUUUACCAGGCUCAACUUCAGGUUUUGAUACGUGUUAUAUGUAUAUGGGAUGGCCACGAUCAGAUGGAUUUGUAUAGCUAUAAUAGUGUUGGAUCUGCAGUAACUGACUUUGGUUUAUGGAAAUUUUGGGGAUUUUUUAAUCAAAUUCCUCAUGAUUCUUCAUUGCUUAUAACAGGACAUAAAAUUGCUGGGGCCUUCUAUGGUAGCAGCUUUAACGGAGCAUGCAAUCCCAAUUGGGGAGCAUCAUAUGUAUAUGCUCCAAGAUACCACAUAUUUUUAACUGCAACUAUUGCAGCACAUGCAAUAGGUCAUGUUUUGGGUGCUCCUCAUGAUAUUACAGGUUGUCGAUGUUUUCGGAGACAAAACUGUCUCAUGAAUGCUAAUCUGGGUCUUCUAGAUAUGAUGAGUAAUUGUACUUAUAACAUCAUUCACAGACGGAUACAUUCGUGGGAUCCUUGUUUGAGUAUCCCAAAUGUACCAUACAAUAAUUUUCCUUAUGAAGCAAGACGAUGUGGUGACAAGAAGAGAGAUCCCAACGAAGAAUGUGACUGUGGCACCCUCAAAGACUGUACUCAGGAUGUAUGUUGCAAUUCCAAUUGUGUCCUCACCCUUGGCAGUGAUUGUGAUUAUGGAGAUUGCUGCAGAAAGUGUAAAUAUGCUCAACCUGGAUAUACGUGCAGAGAUAUUCUUGGUAUCUGUGAUCUACCAGAAUACUGUAGCGGGAAGACACAUGAGUGUCCAGCUGACACUUACAUCCAGGAUGGAACCCCGUGUUCACCAUCAGCUGUUUGUGUGAAGGGAAACUGUAGUGACCGUGAUUUACAGUGUCAAGCCCUCUUUGGCUAUAACAUAAAAGAGGCUGCGCCAGCAUGCUAUAACAUACUGAAUAUCAGGGGCGACCGAUUUGGAAACUGUGGUGUGAGGGUGGGUCGAGGAGGAGGAAGAUCUGUACCAUGUGAGCAAGAUGAUGUUCUGUGUGGAAUGCUGCACUGUGGGGAUGUGAAGAAAAUUCCUGGUGGUGGGGAGCACACUACUUUUCAUCAUAUAAUAGUACCUGAUGUUACACCACGAUCCUGCUUUGGGUAUGACGACCACUUCGGGACAGAUGUGCCAGAAAUGGGGCUUGUAGUGGAUGGUGCAAACUGUGGCCCAGGAGCAUACUCAUUUAUGGGUGCCACUUACUACGUAAAAGAUAUACUUGAAGAGGAUGAUACACAAACUGUUGGAGGAAAAUCCCGUGAGCCCAAGUAAAUAAAACUGGAGUUCACAAAAUGGAGAAAAUCACACUGGCACUUACUGGGAGAAAUGAUCAAUAAUCACACUGAUAAUUCCCAAGUUGUUAUCUUCAAAUAAAAUGACUUGGCAAUUUAAAA